GGACAGUUUGAGGAGCUCCAACGUGCGCCCCGGGUGCUCGAAGGGCUGCUCGCAUCGCAUCCCGUUGGUUGCUGUUGUUGUGGCUCUUCGUUUGUUUUGCUCCGGACGCACCCACGCGCACGCGAACACAAACACAUACACAGGCGGGUGCGUUAAACGCAGUCAAGCGACGCCCGUACGGUCGUGGUGCGCGUGCCUGGUAUGAGGUGUCGUGCUGGUGACACUGCUGGUGCCACCGCCACAAUAAGCGACCAGCGGAACAGAUGAGGGGAAGGGAUACGGCCAACAGGAGAAGAGUAGGAACUGGUGCGCGUGGCCGACGACAAAAGAUGUUCAACCAGCAGCCUCCACCGUAGCGUGCGCGGAUCAAUAUCGUCUUCCGCGGUCCCGCAAGAGUGGUCGCAGAGAAGCAAAGGGAGCUAAAGAAAGAGAAAAAGAUAGGGAAAGAGAAAGAGCGAACGAGCGAGUGCGUUUGAUAGUGGCGAGAAGUGCAUUGCUGUUUUGAUGUGCACGGGGACCACCAUCACCAGCAUCCGCGAGUCUACAGCAACCUCUACGUGGUAGUUGUGCACGUGUAUUUGUUGGCUGUGUAUCGCGGGCGGUGUUUUUUGGUGCGUGCAGCAGAUUAUAGACCGCUGACAGCUAGCUCUAUGAAGGCACCCAUUGUCGCAGGGCUGAAGCAGAAACAGCAACCACCGCCCAUGUCCCCGAUGUCACCAACGUCAUCGAUGCUGCUCAUGUUGCUGCUCAUGUUGCUGUCGUUGCUGGCUCAGCCCAUCAGGGCACUGAGCACAACGACAGGUUCACGGCGCGAGGCGACACAGCGACCGGUGAGUGUCAUCGUCUUCGACAACAACAACCUCCCGGACGUCUCGUCACAUUCGCUGCCGACCAGACUGGCAGCGGCAAACUCAUCCUCCACAGCCACCACAACAACCGGAACAACCAUCACUCCCUCCGGUGCCAGGACCGCCAUCAACCACUGCCGCGAAGCCUGCCUCGCCCAGCACGCCAUCACGGUGAAAGUAUGCAGCCAAACGUGGACCUGCCGGAUGUGUUGGAGUCGCUGUCUAGACACACUGGUAGAGGAGGAGGAGGAGGAGCAGGAGGACGAGAAGCAGGCAGUUCGUUUCGCGCCAUACUGCCAGCUACAGCUCACCAUCCAGCGCCUGGUACGCAACGAGUCGCUCGUCCUGGCCGAGAUUAGCUGGCACCGGUCGGUGGCGGGGGCGGGGGCGGCGGCGGCGGGAACGUGUGGUGCCCCGCUCGGCGACCAGUGUCUGGUGACGUGGGAGGUGUCGGGGGGUGGCCUGAUGGGCAAUCUGUUGACCGAGGCCACCAGCAACGCGCAGCUAUCCCUCUGGACCGACACUAACUAUCUCGUGCAGGUCACCUGCCGCGACAAGCACACUAGUUCCUUGGUGCGAUCGGCAUCGCUCCAACUCAACACGUCGGUCGUGAUGGCGGCGACUCGCGGACCGUUCGCCGAACACGCCAACAAUCAUCCCUGGCUCACCGAGGGAGACGACGAUGAGUCGAUGGGGUCCGAUGGGGACGGCCAUCCCACGGUACCAUCGCCAACGCCGCCAUCGUUGUUCAUUUCCCCCGCGUCCUCGAGCGACUCCCGGGAGUUGAUCCUGUUGGCCGUCUUCGUCGCGUUGCUGCUCUUCCUGCUCAUCCUGCUCGCGUCGGUGCUGGUCGUGCGUUGGCGACCCGGACACGGACUCGGACCAGGGUAUACCGGUGACCGGGACCAAACCACCGACCGGCACGUCCUUCUCGAGAAUGAGCUGCUGGUGGACAUCCUGCACGUUUAGGCGGGAGUACGUGAGUCGCUCCCGGGUACGUGGUUUCCUGCAUGGUCCUGCAACCCAUCAGCAUCUAUUCUUCCUAACCUCGCAACGCCUCCCUCAUU